AUGGAUCAUCAAACGAGACUACACAGACUCGUUGAAACAGAUUGGUACUCUCCUCGAAGACUCCUCAGUAGCCCCACCGAUUUCGAUUUUCCGGGAGAUCGCUUUAUACCCAACAGAAGUUUGAUGAAUCUUGAUCAAGCUCACGCUUUGUUGACCAACAAAACAAUUAAGCGAUGCCAAAAUCCAAAAUUCAAUGAUGCAUAUAGACAGAAUCUGGAGGAUAAUCUGACUUUGGAUUCAGAAGGCAGACCGUUUAAAAUGUUGGUUUUCAGGGGAAGUCCAAAAUCAAGUAGAAAGUCCAACCGUCUUAUUGAUGAGAUGAGAAGGGAAGAUGCCGAGGCACUGCGAAAUAGUACCCAGCUAUAUCAACAUCGAGGCAUGCCCAAGAAAGAAGCUAAGAUCCUGGAUGCACCUAAUCUAAGGAAUGAUUUUUAUCUGAACAUCAUGGAUUGGGGGAAAAACAACAUGCUUGCUAUUGCUUUGGGCUCGGUGCUAUAUCUUUGGAAAUCGGAGAAUGGAGAUGUUCAAAAGUUGUCAGAAUCUCUUGGGGAGGAAAAUUACCCGACAAGUUUGGUCUGGUCUCAGGAUGCUAGAAAUCUGGCUGUUGGAUAUAUGGGCUCCGAAAUUCAGAUCUGGGAUGCCGAGACCUCAAAACUUGUUAGGAACCUCGAAGGUCACCUUAGAAGAGUAACAACUGUGUCAUGGAACCAAUGGAAUGGUCACAUUUUAACAUCAGCAGGCCUAGAUAAAUCCAUUAUCAAUCAUGAUGUUAGAGUGUCAAACAAUGUGACUUCAUGCAUAAUAGCGCACACUGAAGAAGUGUGUGGAGUUAAAUGGUCUACAGAAGGCAAUGUUCUGGCAAGCGGUGGUAAUGAUAAUCUGGUAUACAUAUGGGAGCCUUCCAAAAUGAGUUCGUCCAAAUUCUUGUACCGGUUUAAUGAACAUAGUGCCGCAGUCAAGGCCCUUGCAUGGUGCCCAUACCAAUUUAAUGUACUUGCCUCUGGCGGAGGCACAGCAGAUGGGCGUAUUAAGAUAUGGAAUGUUCAAAAAGGGACAUGCAUCUGCAGUGUAGAUACCAAAGCACAGGAUAUGAAUAUGUCGGACUUCCUUGGUAAGAUGGCCUCCUUUAAGACAGAAUUCAAUCUGCUGUUACCAGCUGCUCUAGGUCCAGAUCUUACAUCUGUUCGAGAUCAAAUCCUUUUUGGAUCUACUGUGCCUUCCCUUGAUGAAGUGUUUGCCAGAUUACUUCGUGUUUCCUCCCCUACUACAGUGCAUUCCCCUGGUGACUCUUCAGUUCUUGUUGAUCACUCUGAUCUUCAUUCUGAGUUCUCUACAGUGCAGGUUCAACCCUCCUUAACUCUUACAGGUAUUGAUUAUGAUGAAUACUUACAGUAUCAGGCCAGUAAGCAGUCUUCUUCAUCCAUUGCCUCUGUCGCUCAAACAGGUAAUUCAGUUGCUUGCCUUACUCAGUCUUCUGCUCUAGGACCCUGGGACCGCAACACGGGACGGAUGAUUGGCACAGGACGUGAGUCACAAGGUCUCUAUCAUCUCCAUAUCCCAUCUACAGCAUGCACUGUCUCCGAGUCUCCGGAUCUCCUUCAUAAUCGUUUGGGCCAUCCUAGUCUUUCCAAACUUNAUCCUUAA